AUGUCUGCUCCCCCAGACUAUUCCACAGACUCGGAAGACAAGGAGAAAGCCCUUAGCUCGGUUGAAGAUGAAGUUGCGUAUGCUGAGGCAGCGCCAGAUCGCGUGAUUGCGAGCCGUUUUGGUAUCCUCGGUCCACUUCUUUCAAAACUCUUUGCCAGUGGUGUCGAGGCCCGUGGAGUAGAGCGUGUACCGGAAAACCAGAGAGAGUCGAAAAAUGCUUGGAACAAUCUUCUCAUGUGGUGGUCCGUUAACUCAGUAUUGACUACUAUUCCUGUCGGGGUGCUCGCACAGUCCGUUUUCACUUUGAGUUUUGGCAACGCUGUAGCAACUAUUGUCUGCUUUGGCGCUCUUGGUGGCAUUGCAACAGCAUUUAUCGCUACCCUAGGCCCCAUAACUGGUCUCCGCACCAUGAUUAUCACCCGUUUCAGCUCAGGAUACUUCGGCGGCACCAUCUACUCGGUCCUCAACAUCCUCACUCAGCUCGGCUUUUCCACAACAGCUGUCAUUCUCGGAGGUCAAACGCUCGCCAAUAUCAAUCCUGGCAGCCUUCCGCUCGUCGUCGGCAUCAUUAUCAUUGGCGUAUGUUGCCUCAUCCCGUGUUUCAUCGGAUACAACAUGGUACACGUCUACGAGCGCUACGCAUGGAUGGUCACCAGCGUCAUAAUGCUUUUCCUCUGGGGUCUUGGCGGUAAAGCCGGAUAUGACAUAAACGCGCAAAAACCUUUCGAGGACACAGGGCGUGCUCUCUCAGCAGAUAUUCUCAGCUUUGGCGGAAUCGUAUUCGGCUCAUUUUCAGGGUGGGCUCCAGUCGCCGCAGAUUACAAUUGCCGGCUACCGGCUGAUACGCCAACCAUGCGCGUAUUCCUGCUUACCUUCUUCGGCCUCUUUAUUCCUAUCUGCUUCGUCGAGAUCCUCGGCGCAGCCCUCAUGACAAUCACAGAUCCCGCAUACAUCGCUGCGUUUGCAGACGGCUCAACAGGCGGCCUGAUUGCGGAAGUUCUUUCUCCCUGGGGUCACUUUGGUCAAUUCAUCCUUGUCCUUCUUGCACUUUCUGUCAUUGCCAACAAUAUCCCAAAUACCUACUCCACCGGUCUGUCGAUACAAGCCCUCGGACGCCCAUUCGCCGUCAUCCCGCGUUUCUUCUGGGUUUUCAUCGCUUUCGUCGUAUAUACCGUAGCAGGCGUUGCAGGCCGCGAACACUUCAGCGCCAUCCUUUCUAAUUUCCUCAGUAUUCUCAGUUACUGGACGGCUUUCUUCAUCGUGAUCGUAGCCGAGGAGCAUUUCAUCUUCAGGCGGAAGAACGGGCCGCUUGGGGGUUACAAUUUGGAUGCUUACGAUACGCCGUCAAAGCUGCCAUUAGGCAUAGCAGGUGUACUCUCAAUGUGCUUUGGAAUCGCAGGUGCUGUGGUUGGGAUGUCAGAGGUGUGGUAUACAGGGCCGCUUGGUAAGAUGGCAGGAGCAGCGUACGGCGCUGAUCUUGGGUUCGAGCUCGCAGCUGCUUUCUCGGCUGUCACUUACCCUCCGCUGCGUGCGCUCGAGAUUAAGCUCAUUGGACGAUAA